AUGGCGUUGUUUUUGUGUGUAUUUUUAUGCACGUGCGCCGGAGCCUUAGGUUUUAAUGUAGACAUCCCUUCCAGGGUAGUUUACAGGGGAAACUAUCAAUCCAUGUUCGGAUUUACUGUGCAAGCCCAUGUAGAUGGCAACAGAAAAAUGAUCCUGGUGGGUGCGCCAGAAGACGAGCCAUACAGGAUCAACGGGGUGACGCGGCCCGGUGCUGUGUACCGGUGUGAGCCGGGCCGCCGGCAAACGCAGCCCUCUCUCGACAUGUGCUCUGUCAUGGACUUUGACAAGAACAGGGGUAACAACGUGGACACGCAGCAGCGACAAAUUGAUCAGAAAUCUAACCAGUGGUUCGGUGCUACCCUUACAAGUACGGGCCGGAACGGACCUAUUGUGGCCUGCGCACCACGCUACGUGUCGUUCGUGUCGGCGAAGCUGAACCAGCGGGACCCUGUCGGCUCCUGCUUCGUCGCCAAGACUCCAGAUGCGAUUGAUGUCAAUGAAUAUUCGCCGUGUCGAAACUGGUAUCGCUCGUUGGACGAGGCAAGUCACGGACAACGGAAAACAGGCGUGUGCCAAGCCGGUUUCUCAGCCGCUUUAUCAAAGGAUGGUGAGAGGCUGUUCAUGGGAGCACCAGGUAGCUUCUAUUGGCAAGGGCGAACGUUAUCCAUAGACACUAGCGCAAGGUUCAACUACUAUAUGCCGAAGGAAGGCCAACUGAAAGUUCAAACAAUAAAUGGAAAGAGGAGUCUCAUCUCUACACCAGAAGCCAGUCCUAAGUAUGACGACUCGUACAUGGGCUAUUCAGUGACUGUAGGAGAUUUUGGUGAUCAGGGGCAGCAAGGAGUUGCUGUUGGUGUACCCAGGGGCGCGGAUUUGAAAGGAUUGGUUGUUUUAUACACAUGGGACCUGAUGAACAUUAAGAACAUCAGCGGUUCACAAAUUGGCGCCUACUUCGGCUACAGCCUUGCUUCCGGUGAUAUCGACGGUGAUGGGACUGAUGACGUCAUUGUCGGUGCCCCUAUGUUUUCCAAGCCCAAGGCUAAUGGAUACGAGCAUGGAAGGAUCUAUGUCAUCUAUCAAGGAAAAGAUAGGUCAUUCUCGAAGAACCACGCACGCACAGGCGAGAUUUCACGUGGUCGUUUCGGCUUAGCUGUCACAUCACUUGGAGAUAUCAAUUAUGAUGGAUUUGGAGAUAUAGCGGUAGGCGCACCGUACGGAGGUGAGAACGGUAGAGGAGUGGUCUACAUUUAUCACGGUGGUGAAUCUGGAAUAGCUGAGAAAUACUCACAAGCUAUCACCGCGGAGGAGAUCAGCGAUUCGCUCACCACCUUCGGAUUUUCAUUGUCCGGUGGAGUCGAUUUAGAUGACAACCACUACACGGAUUUGGCUGUUGGGGCUUAUAAAUCUGAUAGUGUUGUUUUUCUGAAAUCCCGGCCAGUAGUAAAGGUGAUGGCUGCAGUGAAGUUUACAGAAGUAUCCAAGUUAAUUUCGAUGUCAGACAAGAAUUGUCGCCUAGCUAACGGCACCGAGGUCUCCUGCGCACACCUCAUGUACUGCCUCUCGUACAACGGCAUCAAUGUCGACCAGCAGAUAGAUUUCGAAGUGACCCUCGAGCUGGACUCGCGGCAGAAGACCAGCAAGCGUAUGUUCGUAUUCGACACGCGGCAGACGAUCUACAAGACACACAUACUGCUGACCCAGGGCCAGGAAGAGUGUAGGGAGAUGGUCGUAUAUCUUGAUGAGGAGAUUCGUGACAAACUGAGUCCGAUAGAAGUGAAGAUGACGUACGAUCUCAUCACUCAACCAUCAGGAGAUGUGGUUCCGCCUGUGUUAGAUCAAACGAAGAGCAUUGUGCACACAGACUCUCUAAAUAUUCAGAAGAACUGUGGCCCGGACAACGUUUGCAUUCCCGAUAUGAGCAUGGCUGUUACGACGCCAGUAUCAAACUACAUUCUGGGCUCAGGGGAGAAUUUGAAUAUCGAUGUAAAAAUACACAACUACGCUGAAGACGCAUACGAGGCCGCCUAUUUCCUGCAGAUACCCGCUGGUGUAAAUUACACCAAAAUUGAAAGGCUGGACAAGGACAAUGCGGAUGCGUCGCCGAUCUACUGCUCAGUGAAGUACACGGGAAGCGGAAAUAGUACUUUAAGGUGUGAUUUGGGGAACCCUAUGGCCAGUGAUCAGAAGGUGAACUUCCGCGUUGUUUUAGAAGUGGACGCACAAGUGACUAAUCUAAUAUUUGACAUGGAGGCAAACUCGACUAACCCGGAGCCUGAGGCGUCCAGGAAGGACAACAAGGUGCACUUGGCUAUAGGUGUUAUUGCGAAAGCCGAUUUAUUAAUCAUUGGAACAUCUGACCCGCCGGAGCUUCACUAUAACGCAUCUCUGUACGAAGCACAAAACCUGAAGAACGACUCCGGGCUUGGACCGCAAAUUAUUUACAAAUAUAAUAUCAAGAACGAGGGACCGAUCGCAUUGGAUGAGGCAGAGAUUUACAUCAUGUGGCCUUAUCAGACCCUCACAGGAGAAAGCUUGAUGUAUAUGCUGGUACAGCCGCAGUGGCUAGGCAACAUGGUGUGCGAUGUCGCUCACCAGAUCAAUCCCGGUGACUUAUUUAUAUCGAACCCUUACGCCUUCAUGCUGGCAAAGGAGAAGGAAGCAAUGUUGAACAGCGGAAUGUAUGCGGCUGCGCAGUUGUCUGGAGGAGGUGGAUAUUAUGGACAACAGUAUUGGGAGCAGCAGGUAUUUACAAAUGGAAAUAUGAAUACACAAAGUGGUCAAGUAUCUGGUAACCAGUAUAGCCAGGUUUCUAGCGGUCAAUUGGGAAGUGAACAAAAUUUUAACGGUCAAUACGGGUCUGGCCAGGGCCAAUAUGGUAGCGAACAAGUUUCUGGUGGUCAGUUUGCCAACAGCGGAAGGCAAUUUAGCGGCGGCGCUAUGGAAAGCGGUGGCCACACUGGUGGCAAUUAUGUUUAUAACAGAACCUGGUCUAGUAGUGAUCAUUUUGGUGAAGAUUUAACACCUGAACAACGGGAACAGAUAAGAAAAGCAUUAUUAGCGGCCGCACAAAAUCCUAACUACCAAGGCUCUGUUGAAAGUAAAAUCUCUGAAGGUAGCUACAGUCAAAACGGUCAAGUACAGGGCCAUGGUCAAAGUUCUGGUCAAGGAAGUCAAGGAAACUAUGGACAUGGAAGUCAAGGAACUUAUGGCCAAGGAAGCCUUUACGGCCAAGGAGGAAGCUAUGAAGGUAGCCAACAAAGUGGCUAUGGACAAAGUAACGGAAACCGUGGUUUCGUUCAAGGUGGUCAGGGUCAGGUAUUUGAAAACGCCGGUGCAUACGGACAGGGUGGCCAAAUAGUUAGAGUGAGGAACAAGACGAUCCUUUAUGAUGAAAACCAUAAUAUCAUUUCUCAAUCUGAAACCAGCACCGAGUACGGGGCCUUGGGGCACGAAGGUGAAGCUGGCAGUUCUUUUAACACUUACGUGAACAGUCAAGCAGGCAACCAAAACCGAGGCUCCGGGCGAGGCUUUGUUCAUGGCUCAUGGGCAACUACCGAAACCGUAAACUCUGAUGUAAUGAAGGCCGGCUCUAGUAGAUUCAGAGGAGAGUCCAGCGUCACUGUGGUUGGCGAUGAGGAAGAUGAAAUAGGCGGUUUUGGGGCUUACGCGGCCAGGAAUCCUAAUAACGAGUUUAAAUUUGGCAUCGCUGACGUAUCCGGAAGUCAAGAUAGCCACAGUUCCGGAAGAGCUCAAGGGGGUUCUGGGGUUUACCAGGCAAGUUAUGGAAACGGUCAAGGCGCCGGUUACCAAGGAGGCGCCGCUGGUAUCCAAGGCGCGAGCUAUCAAAGUGGUGGUGCUUACGUUAGCAAUGGUGGAUCCAGCUACUCAUACUCUUCACGAUCGGGUGGUCAACGAAGCUACGGUUCACACGCUGGUGGUACCUAUAGUUAUUCACAACAAAGCCGUGAAAGUACAAGGCGGAGACGUCAAGAUGAGGUGGAUUUGGAACUAAAAGAGAUGCUGCAAAGAUGUGAAGAGAAGUACAAGUGCGAGGUGGUGCGUUGUCGGACGAAAAGACUUGCAAAGGGUCAAGAAGUCUGGGUAGCACUAAGAUCAAGAAUAAACGUGACUGUCCUGAACAAGAUCUCGAAAGAGCGCACCGUGAAGCUUUCAACCCUGGCAGCGGCGCGCGUGACGCGGCUGCCCAUUGUGGGGCGGCCGAGCGAGCGCGCCUGGUACACGGCGGAGGCGCACACCGUGGUCACGCCGCAGCUGCAGGCGGUCGAGAGCGGCUCCAUACCACUCUGGGUCAUCAUCCUUGCCGCUAUCGUUGGCGCGCUGGUGCUGCUCCUGCUCAUCUUCGCACUGUACAAGUGCGGUUUCUUCAAGCGCAACCGGCCAUCUGACCACGCGGAACGGCAGCCGCUGAACGGUCGCGACGAGCAUCUUUGA